UCUGACCCUUGUCUGCUCUGCCUAUUUGUUCACCCUACAUUGGGACCAAAUUUCCCUGUGUUGUCCCAGGGAUUUCUGUCCAUGUGUAAACACAAAUGAAAUUUUGUUUGUUUGUUUAGCAUGGGUUCAGACUAUACUGUCCAGCAACUUGCUGUUUAAAAUGGCUGAUUAACAUGUUUGCUUGCAUAUGAAAAGAGUUUGGAUUCAAUAAAAUAGAGCUUUAAAAUAUACCUCUGUGUGUCGGUGUGGUUUUUAUAUCUCUUUUAUACUGAGGUAUCCCCAUAUUAUUGCCUUAUCAUCUAAAUAUACUUGUAAGUUAGUAAUAAGGUAGAGAGCAGUUGUUAGGGUCCUAGAAGUACUUAACCAUUUCCCUUUUUUGGUUCUUUUAGGUUAUCAGUUUUUAAAUAUGAUACUGAAACAACUAUCUUUAUGGAUAAAGUGUUCUCCAUUUGUAGGAUUAUUUUCCAGGAUGGAUUUAUAGAAUGGAACAAAUAGGACUGAAUUUGCUCUUCAAGAAAUCAUGUCCUCUGGAGGUGCCGAAGAUGACAUCCCACAGGGAGAGAGGAAAACAGUUACCGAUUUUUGCUAUCUUCUGGAUAAAUCUAAGCAACUGUUCAAUGGGUUAAGAGAUUUGCCGCAAUAUGGGCAGAAGCAGUGGCAGUCCUAUUUUGGAAGAACUUUUGAUGUUUACACCAAACUCUGGAAGUUCCAGCAGCAGCAUCGACAAGUCUUGGAUAAUCGGUAUGGCUUGAAGCGGUGGCAAAUAGGGGAAAUUGCUUCUAAGAUUGGGCAGCUAUACUACCAUUAUUACUUACGCACAUCUGAGACCAGCUAUCUGAACGAGGCCUUCUCCUUCUAUUCUGCAAUCAGACAGAGGUCGUAUUAUUCUCAAGUCAAUAAAGAGGACAGACCUGAGUUGGUAGUUAAGAAGCUGCGAUACUAUGCAAGAUUUAUAGUCGUUUGUCUUCUUCUCAACAAGAUGGAUGUUGUGAAGGAUCUGGUGAAGGAACUGUCAGAUGAAAUUGAAGAUUACACUCACCGCUUUAAUACUGAAGAUCAAGUGGAGUGGAACCUGGUGCUUCAGGAAGUUGCAGCUUUCAUUGAGGCGGACCCCGUAAUGGUAUUGAAUGACGAUAAUACCAUUGUCAUCACAUCUAACCGCCUUUCUGAAACAGGAGCCCCAUUGCUGGAGCAGGGCAUGAUUGUGGGACAGCUGUCUCUGGCUGAUGCACUCAUUAUUGGUAAUUGUAAUAACCAGGUUAAGUUCAGUGAACUAACUGUUGACAUGUUCCGGAUGUUACAAGCCUUGGAAAGGGAGCCAAUGAAUUUAGCUUCCCAGAUGAAUAAGCCAGGAAUGCAGGAAUCAGCUGACAAGCCUACAAGGCGAGAAAACCCCCACAAGUACCUGCUCUACAAACCCACCUUCAGCCAACUGUACACUUUCUUAGCAGCAUCUUUUAAGGAGCUGCCUGCCAACAGUGUGCUUCUGAUUUACCUUUCGGCCACCGGUGUUUUCCCAGCAGGUCGUUCUGAUAGUGAAGGUCCUUAUGAUUUUGGAGGGGUACUUACUAAUAGUAACCGGGAUAUUAUAAAUGGAGAUGCCAUCCAUAAAAGAAAUCAGUCCCACAAAGAAAUGCACUGCCUCCACCCCGGAGACCUCUAUCCUUUCACGAGGAAGCCCCUGUUUAUCAUCGUGGACUCAUCCAACAGCGUCGCAUACAAGAAUUUCACAAACUUAUUUGGACAGCCACUAGUCUGCUUACUUUCUCCUACAGCUUAUCCAAAAGCUUUACAAGAUCAAUCUCAACGAGGUAGCCUCUUCACUCUCUUUUUGAACAAUCCUCUAAUGGCCUUCCUAUUUGUCUCUGGAUUGUCAAGCAUGCGUAGAGGCCUGUGGGAAAAGUGUCAAGAAUAUCUUCGAAAAAUCAACCGCGAUAUUGCCCAGCUACUGACCCAUUCACGUUCAAUAGAUCAGGCAUUCCUCCAGUUUUUUGGAGAUGAAUUUCUUCGCCUGCUUCUCACAAGAUUUGUCUUUUGUUCAGCCACCAUGAGGAUGCACAAGAUUUUUCGGGAAACACGAAACUACCCAGAAUCAUAUCCACAACUGCCACGGGAUGAAACGGUGGAGAACCCUCAUCUCCAGAAGCACAUUUUGGAAUUGGCAUCCAUUCUGGAUGUUCGAAACGUGUUCUUUGAAAAUACCAUAGAUGACUAUUAAAACAAAAACCCUCUUGUCGAAACACUUUUUCAUUUGCCACAGAUUUUAAAUGGUGCCGUUUUCUAAUGUGAUGACAGACACAUAGUGGUGUUACUUCGUUUUUAUUUUUUAUUUUAGGACCACCAUUUUAAAAACAAAUCGAAAACAUUGUUCAAACUUUUAGGGUGACUGUUUUAAAAUACAAUCUUUCAGGUCUUUUAAAAAACUCGCUUAAUCUUGGGAUUUUAAUUGUUUUGGUUUUGAGGUAUGGAGACCUGCCUCCAGCUUCUCAUCCUACACUCAGAUAGUCACUGUUCUCACCCUGCGAAGAGUAAAUUAUUUAUUUUUGUAUGAUGAGGAAAACCCAACUCUUAAACUUGGACCUUACAUGUGUGGAUUUGAAAAAUAUGUAAUUGUUCACAGAGAUGAAACUAGCCAGCAUGGACUACUAAAAAUCAAGAACAGAGUCCUGCCAUGAUAUUUCUUUUCAUUCCAAGUUAGUCGGUAGAAAAUGUGUGAUUCUCUGAAGAGUAUAAUCAGGACAGUUCUUGAAAUUGUUUAAUUUGCUUAAAUACUGUCAGAAUUUCAGAAAUUGUAUAAGAUUUGCGUCUGAAAGCUAAAGCUUUAAUUGGGGUCUUGAGAAUGAUAAAUAUCACCUGGAAUGUGUGAGUCCUGUGUUGUUAUGAGAUAUAUUUGCAUAUUUUGUUUUCUUUGUAGUGCUGGAAAUGAAAAAGAACAACUUUUAAAUAUUUCACUUAAGAAUCAGAUUGUCGGUUUUAUAACACAGUAUCUCCAGUAGGAAUUCUAUUUAAACUCUUCAUUCAUGAGAUGAGGUGUAAAGACCGUCUGGAUUGAAGUCCGUGGUGUACAGUGCAGAGUUUGUAAUCUUUUUGCAGAGUUCAAGUUUAUGAGACUUCAGAGUCAUAGAUGUUGUUCAUUUUACUUGGGGGUAACUGAAUUGUUGUGGAAGUUGCUUUUGCAUUGACAAUUUGGCAAUAAUGAGAUGUUUUUAAAACUUCUUGUAUUUAAUAUUUUAUAUUCGUGCACACGGUUUUUAUUACUUUAAGUAGGGCUCAGUGUAUAAUAUAAAGAUUUUUGUGUUUUUUGCCCUGUCAUCCCCUUCAUAAUUUCACAGGUACUAACUAUAACUAGCUAUGAUGCCCCCCCCCUUUGACUCCAUAGAGUUCAAGUUCAGAAAGUUAUGAAUCAAAAGCCCUUUUACUUAAUUUUCUGUACAGGCUCACAGUCUACCUCUGGCAGUCCCAGGGGAAAUGAGGUGAUUGCUUUUGGUGCCUCUUUCCUAUGUCCCUAGGGAAGUUUUUUUUAACUGUAAUAUUUUUAACUUGGUUUUCAUUUCUGUCAUAGGGAAUUAUUUGGGUCUGAGUUAUUCAUAUACCUGUUCCAAUUUGCUGAUUUUUCAUCUGAAGUCUUAAAGUUAUUUGUUCUUGGUUUUGGGGGACUUUGUGGUGUUUAAUAGGUUUUUAAAUUAUUUUUGUUUGUUCUUUUAAACAUGAUUUCAGAAAGCUUUGGAAAAGUUAUUCUGGAUGGAGAUUACCUUUGUUAGUGAGUUGUUUUUCAUUAUCAGAUAAAGAUGCUGUCCAUUUUUUUGGCCCCUUAAGCAACUUCAUAACUUUCCUAUUACCUUGGUGUUCACCUAGACUCCUAGUUGUGUGACCUCUUGUUUCAGUUCUCCCGCAGUUCUUUGCCAGUAACAUUCCCAGUGACGCAUAUUUUCCUGUUUUCUGAUCCUUAAAAUGAUAUUUUACAUCCUGAGCUUUGUCCUCACCUGUUUAGCAUGAAGAACACUGGUCUGAGAACUAGGAGGCCUGAGUUCUAAUCCUAGCUUUCCUGGUAACUAGCUUUAUGCCCUUGGCAGGUGUCUUCAUGUCUCUGCUUUUUAACAUUCUCAUCUGUAAAAUGAAGGCUUUGGCCCAAGGUCCUGUCCAACUCAGUGGUUCUAUAAUUUGAACUCUUGCUUCCAAAAGGUACUGAUGUCUCCACCCCUGCUACCUGGAUAACUAGCUUUCCUGAUUUUAGUGUACACAUUUUCUUUUCUAGAUCAUAUUUAACUAGUUUUUAUUCAAAAAAAUAUCUGGGUCCUACUUAAUUGUUGUAGAAACUAGUUCAGAGAGAGAAUCUGAAAUAUUAGAGCUUUUGUGGUUAGAAAUGUGUGUCUAAGAACAAGGAGUCUUAGAAAUCACAACUAGGGUUUAGAUCAUGGCAUUGCUUCUUAAGCUAAUAGCAGUGUAAUUCCUUACUGCUUAGUAAAAAAUCUUAAGUGAACCGAAGUGAUCUUGAGAGGAAAACUGCUAGAAAAUUCUAAGCUAUUGUUUCAUUCCUGCCUUCAAAAAGAAAUGUUUUGAACAACAACUCUACUCUAGAUUUUGUUCCAGGCAUUGAGGAAGCAAACAAAGUAGACUUAAAAAUUCUGGUCUUCAUGAAGCUUUCUCUAGUAAGAAGAGUCAGGAAAUAAAUAUAAUAAUUAAGUAAGUUUAUGUUAGAAAGGUAUAAGUAAUAUUAAGAAGAGUGAGAGCAUGGCGAGAGCCAUUUUCCGUUUGUUUUGGGGCCAAGAGCAAUGUUGAAAUGAGUGACCAGGGUAGGCCUUAUUGAGAAGAUUGCAUUCGUGCAAACACUUCGUAUCUUUGUCUUUUCUCUCUUUUUACUUUUUAUUGUGAAAGUUUUAAUCAUAAACAGUUUAAUGAACCCUCUCAUACCCACUAUCCAGCUUCUACAUUUUAAGGUGUUCCUUUAAUCAAGGAAGAAGAAACGUAAAAGAACAGUCACCCGGUGGGUUCGAGCUGGCCAUGGCAGAGAAGCUCAUUUUCUCAGUGCAAAUGGCUCCCCUUUAUAAAUAUAAAAAUAUCGAGCCCUUUAUUUAUUUUUAGAAUUCAUUAAAAUUUAAAUAUUGGAACUAAGAACAAAGCAAUAGGAAAGGGCACUUUUUUGUUUUCAAAUUGCACAAACUCCCCCUGGAGAUUCUGAUACAGUCUCUCACCUCUCAAGAGUCACAGUGAACAGAAUGCAAAGUAUAAGACCUGCAAGAAGUCAGGCAUCCACCAGACAAAAUGAAGCACAAUAGAGUUAUUUUCUCUCUCUACCUGUACAUUUCUGAAGUUGGUAAAGCACCUGUCUUCCCUGUUUUACAGAAGAGAAAUCUAACCCCCCUCCCCCCCAAAAAACAACAGCAAACACCUGUCAGUCUCUUCACAGUGAUAGUGUUAGGACUCAGAUCUCCUAAUCUCAGCCUAGUCUUUCCAGUAGCUCAGGUGGUUUUCUAUAAUGAACAAGAAAGAAAUCAUUAGAGAUUUAUAUUUUGGCACAAAGGUUAUGGUAUUUUUUAAUAUCAAAUAUUAGAACCACUAAAGCAGUCAGCCCUAGCAAAUUUUUAUUUAUUAAUUAUAAAAAAUCCACAAGUUAGACAUUUAAUCUUUGAUUUUGGCCAGGCUGUAGAGUGUGUGUGUGUGUGUGUGUGUGUGCGUGCGUGCGUGCGCACGCGCUCGCGUGUGCGCUCCUCUUAGGAAGUGGUGCUCUCAAAACCUCUCAAAGCACAUAGAAUUUAUUGUGCCCUUUAUAUCUUUAUCAAGUUGAAAUGUUUUGAGAUUAUAAAAGCAAAGUACAAUCCAGUCAUGACUGACAUUUUCCUGAUGUAGGAUCUGGGUUUUAUUUUUCCUCACUUGUGGCUUCUGCCCUUGAUUUUGUUCUUGCAGUAGAAUUCCCUGAAACAGAUUAGGUGGUGACAGAACUGAAUUUCAUUGAGAUAAAGGGAAAAUCAAUUGAUCUGCUUUUUAAUGUAUCCGUUAUGGAGCUUUCUGUAGCAUUCUUCUUCAAGUUUAAUCUCUGACCUGUGUGACUUAGUAACUUUCUCUCUCUCAGAAGGGGUUUGGACUCCAUUGAAAAAUCUUGUACUUAGUUAUCCAUGGAGACUUGUAAUCAGCCUGAUUAUACAGAGAACAUUCUUGACUGGAAAUAUAGUGAGGUAUGAAGGGCUGCAAACUUGGCUACUGCCAGUGAUUCAGAACCACCUCCCCACCCAAAGUGAGUAAAAAGAUUUGAGCUUAAUAUGAAUGGUAUGGAUCUCCUGGUAACGUUUUGGGUGUCUAUGUUCCUAUGUGUGUGUUUGGAGAGUGUAAAGAGUAUUUACAUUGAGGGCUCUUUUGUUGACUUUAUUUAUUUGAAGUUCUUAUUUGUAAUGGCAUGUGUAUAUUUUUAUGAUGCUAAAUGCAAUCUCUAUGUAUACUUUUUGUACAUAUGUACAUAUUUGUAAAUAUAUUGGUAUGCAAUGAUAUAGUAUGUGUAUAUUAUAUACCCAUACCCAUUGUGGGCUGAAUUUAUUUAAGUUCUGUGAGGACAUCAUAGUGGCAUUGUUUGUGCUGCUAUAAUUAGGUUGUAGCUGAAUCUCAUUCAUGAGCCUCUAUUUUGAGGGGCUUGUGUUUGGGUAAAAUGGGUUAAUUUGGAGUUGAAUUUA